AUGGAGCCCUCGCCGCUCCUGAAAGCCCACGAUCAUGCGCGCGCCGCCGCCGUAGCCACCCGCCAGGCCUCGGAUACGACCAUCGCCAUCAGCGAGCACACCCAAGCAGCCGGCGAGUUCGCCUCAGCUGCCUCCAACACCUCGAGCGUCGAGGCCCUCCGCAUGCUCAAGCUUCUUGAGGACCAUCACCGCCGUCUGGCCGAACUUCUCAACUUACCCGCACCCCAGCAGCAGCAGCAGCAGCAGCAGCAGCAGCAGCAGAACUCAGCUCAGCAUGCGGGAGACGACGACGCCACCAACCCCUCGGACGAGACAAAGGCCGGCGGUGAUGGCGCCACCACCGACGAUGGCGGGAAGGCGGCAGCUGCAGAUGCCCGGGCAAAGACGGCACAGCCGACGCCGCACCAGCAGAAGCAGCCGACGCCGCACCGCCGUCUUGCCUCGCGCGAAAUGUCAUCGUCCAUCGCCAGCAACCUCGCCUCGGCGAGGGGGAUCCGUUCAUCCAGGUACCGCGGCCAGCCUCUCACCCCGAGCGUGUCCAACGACCAGGCCCCGGGGAACAUAGAUUCCCGGUCUAGACGCUACGGCUCCGAGGGCAAGAUGCACAACAUCAUGGAGAGUCAGCAGCAGUCACCGGGGAAGCCUACCUGGGUGCCCCCCAUGCCUAGUACCUCGCCGCCACCGCACGGCAAGCCGUCGUCCUCGUCCUCGUCCUCACGCCGCGUCCCGCCUCCGACCGACAGCAACACCAAACCGGCAGACGACGGCGGCUACACCAAGUUCUACAACACGUUUGGCAGCCUCAUGAACCGCAUCUCGGCACCGCUGGCCUUUGCAGGGCUACCCCUCGUCCAAGAGGAAUCCAUCGCCGAGUCUGAGGAAUCGGCAUCUGCGGAGCAGCAGCAGCGGGUGCGGCAGCCAUCACCGGGGAAGAGCCGCAAGACUCAGGCUAUCUCCCCGCCUCAGUCACGGUCCUCGGCCGCGGCCCACGACGCCGACCUGUCCAAGAUCUAUUCCCGGGCCACCAUGCGUGCCCUGGAGAAUGAGGGCUAUGGCGCCAGCGAGUCCUUCUACGUCGUCCCCACGAGCGGCCACACCAUCUCGUACGCCAACAUCCUCAGCUACGCCGAGAAGGAGAAGCGACGGCUCGGGGGCGGCACCAAACCCACGGGCUCGGGCUCUGCCUCGGUCCUGAGCACCAUGCGCGAGGGCCCGGAGGACGACCAGGAUGAUUUCGUCGAUGCCCGCGAGGUGCCAGCGGCCCUAUCCGCCGGCGCCCAGCGCCGCGUCGGCCGCGCCCGCACGGACAGGGAGCUCAGCAACACCAUUGAGGAGCUCUACACCGAGAACAAGUCGCUCAAGGACAUGCUCGAUAAGCUGACCAAGAGGCUGCACACUUUCGAGGCGAGCGCCCAGAAGAUGUCGGAGAGCUUCAGUCUCAUGAGGCCAGGCUCACCCGUCCGCACUCACGGCGGAUCUGCCGGCGGCAGCAGCAGCAAGGCCGAGGUUCUGGAGGCCGAGCUUGCCUCUAUGAAGAAGUAUGUCGAUAGGCUGGAGAGGGAUAACAAGAAGAUGGCCAAGACGCUCGAGAGGUACCGUGAGCAGUGGGAGACGCUAAAGGCUGGCGCCAAGGCGCGCAGAGAAGCUCAGGGUGGUGGGGAGAGCGGAGAGGAGGCGCGAACUACCGUCAGCUGA